GCUAUCCACCGAUUUCAUUUUUUUUGUAUUGGGGGUGUUUUAUCGGGUUUUAUCGAUUAAAACCGAAAAUCAGAAGCCCUAAUUAUAUGAUAUAUUCAUUGUGUUUGGAUUUGUUCAUUAUGAAAUACAAACAAUAAACAGCAGACUAACUGUGAUAAUAAAAAGCGCUCGGAAUGAUGGCAAACACCACGAGAAGAUAAAGAGACAGAAAAAGAGAAUGAAAGUGAGGAGGAAGAACGAGGGGUGGUCUAAGAAGAGAGAAUGAAAGUGAGGAGGAAGAACGAGGGGUGGUCUAAGAAGAGAGAAUGAAAGUGAGGAGGAAGAACGAGGGGUGGUCUAAGAAGAAAGAAUGAAAGUGAGGAGGAAGAACGAGGGGUGGUCUAAGAAGAGAGAAUGAAAGUGAGGAGGAAGAACGAGGGGUGGUCUAAGAAGAGAGAAUGAAAGUGAGGAGGAAGAACGAGGGGUGGUCUAAGAAGAGAGAAUGAAAGUGAGGAGGAAGAACGAGGGGUGGUCUAAGAAGAGAGAAAAAGGUGAGAAGUGAAGCUCUAAACUCUUUAAUAAUUGGCUUAUUUCAAUUCUGUUGCAGAGGAGAAACACAGCUAACUGAGGAAUGAGUGAUUCAGAAGUUACAGACAUGGUUAGGACUAGAAGGAAACGAAGAAACAGUAUAGAUAUGGAACCACCCAAUAUGUCAGGAGACUCUUCCAGCGGUAAUGUCCAGGUGAAGACAGAGAGUAGUUCGGACGAGGAGGAGCCUGAGAGGAAGAAACAGAGAGAGAACAGCGAGGAGGAGACAGAGAGGAGGGAACUGGAGAGACUGAGGAGGGAGAAUGAGAGACUGAAGAGGGAGGAGAAUGAGAGACUGAGGAGGGAGAAUGAGAGCCUGAAGAGGGAGGAGAAUGAGAGACUGAGGAGGGAGAAUGAGAGCCUGAAGAGGGAGGAGAAUGAGAGACUGAGGAGGGAGAAUGAGAAGUCGCACCGCGUUGCAAACAGCAGGGCAGCUGGAGCCAACAUGGCGGACACAGUGACGCAGUUUCAGAACCUCUCCUCGGUCGCCUAG